ACGCCUGGGGCAUAUGUUUCAUUAUCACUGCAUAACGCAGCUUUAAGAUUUUGCUUUUGUCUUGGCGGAAAAGCCGUUUGUCAAAAGGCAAUUCUUCUUCAGGUAAGAAGAUGGUAUUAUAUAUCGGUAUUGGUCCAUGAGAAACGAGGAGAAUUGAGGGUUGAUAAGGGAAAAGCUGUUCAGGUAACUACGGAGGGAAAACAUUACAAACCUAAACAGACAUUAUAUAUAGGUGGUGGCGAGAAACAAGACUGGCAGGUUAUAACUAAAUUAACCCAUGAAGAUACGGGCUUUGACGGCGUUAUCAGUGAAGUGUUUGUUAAUGGUAAACUACUGUCUUUCAAGAAUGCAGUACUGGUUGAUAGAGACGGGGGUGUUAAUAGUGAUGGAUACAGUGUCUCUGCUCAUGUAAGUGAAGUAUAUGAGGUACCAUCUAGUAAAGUAACAAUGAGGUGUGAUGCUAGCGCUUUUGCUAAACAAGGUGGUUUAGUUAAAGUUGAUUGGAUAGAAUCGGAUAAAUAUAUUGCAGCUGGUGAUGGUGAAGAAAUCAUACCACAGGUUCCUGGAAAUCCACACGAAAGUGCUUUACUGUUGAAACCGAAUAGUCACAACGAAGGAAUCUACGCCUGUAUUAUAAACCAUGAUGGGUUUAGAAUAAUAACCCAUACGUUCCCUGUUCUACGUCAUGCUAUAUCACUAAAGAGGUACAUAGACGCAAAGGGCGCAUUGACAAUGCGUGCUUUAAUGAUUGUUGGUCCACUGUUGUUAUUAACAUGCUGUGUAUUGUGCUGUACACUCUGUUGUAAAUGUUGUAAAGGAAAGAAGAAAACAAGUGCCAUUUCUAUGACACCUGUGGUUCCACCGAGAGAAACAGGCGAAGACACAGUUAAAUUAUUGGACAAGUUAGAAUCCGGUCCUUCUGAACAUAUUUAUACUGACCUAGAUUAUUACAACACUGGGAUGAAAGAAGAUGACGGGAUGAAAGAAGAUGACGGUCUGAAUCCAGCUUUUGAAGGAAACGAUGAUGACACCUAUGAGACACCAAUAGAUGGCGAAAUGUCAGCAAGAACCGACCAUACAGGAGAUUCGGAGAGCGACUCGAAGGACGAAGAGCAAGAAGAAAAGGAUGAGAUUUUAGAGAAAGCUAGUAGAGUUUUAGAGCUGAUUGGAUCUAUUGAUAACCUAAAGAAGGUGUGUUCAAGACUAUCACAAGAAAGAAUCCGUUCCUCGGGAGUGGAUAUAAAUAAGUCUCAAGGGGAGUUUUCAAGACUAUCACAAGAAAGAAUCCGUUCCCCGGGAGUGGAUAUAAAUAAGUCUCAAGGGGAGCUCGCUGAAAUCGAUGAGGUGGAUGAAGCAGAGGCCGGAUCUAACAGCCCAACCAUCAAUUUUGCCGAUGUUCCACCGCCCCGAUUGUCACAGUCAUUUGAAAGCCAAUAAAGCUGUUUAAUAAAAGUAAAAGAUAAUUAUUAUUAAUCAUGGAUUGCAGCUUUAUGGCAAAAGUUGAAAUUCCACCAUCUGUAUCAAAAUUUUCUUCACAUAUUUUGUAAAGUUGUCCUUUUAUUCGAGCUUUUUACCCUUUCAUAAAUGAAAUGAAAUGAUUGUUUAGCGUUCUACAUUUUCACCUACUCUUGAUACGUUUACGUACACCUGGAAACCAGACUGUCGCCAAAACGGGAAUCUAACUGGAGCCUUACCCACUGAGCUACGGUGGCUCCGAUAUUCACAAACAAUCUGAUUUUUAUAAUGAAAUGUUAUUCAAUUCUCUAUCCGUUUUCUUUCGUCUUAUGUUCCGGAUUUUAUAAUUUACU